GGGAGGUGGCUUCCGGACGUUACAUCACAUGUGACGUCACUAUUGUGACCAAUCAGGAGUAGCUGCUACCCCUAUCAGGAAGUGAAGAGGUCCAGUGUCCGAAGACGAACAACAGCUAACAGUCAUGUCAUUAACAACAUUGGCAUAUAAACACAGACUCAGAUCCAUCUGCAGACUGCAUCGAAUUCAAGGACACAUGAUGUCCAGUCGAGUGGAGCCCGAGGUUCUCCUCGAGAAGGUGGGCCGGGCCGGUGUGAUCACAAUGAACAGACCCAAAGUGCUAAAUGCCCUCAACUUCACCAUGAUCAGAGCCAUCUACCCCCAGCUCAAGAAAUGGGAGAGUGACAGUGACACGGACCUUGUGAUCAUCAAAGGAGCAGGCGGGAAAGCAUUUUGCGCCGGUGGAGACAUCAGAGCAAUUACUGAAGCGGGGAAAGUUGGCGAUCCCCUUGCGAAGGUCUUUUUCCGUGAGGAAUACAUUUUGAACAAUGCUAUAGGAACAUGCAGGAAACCAUUUAUUGCCUUCAUCGACGGAAUAACAAUGGGAGGGGGAGUUGGUCUGUCUGUUCACGGACGUUUUCGUGUGGCCACCGAAAGAACGAUGUUCGCCAUGCCCGAGACCGCUAUUGGUCUGUUCCCCGAUGUAGGCGGUGGCUAUUUCCUCCCGAGGCUUCAGGGAAAGUUGGGACUGUUUCUGGCUCUGACGGGCUUCCGCCUCAGAGGCCGUGACGUGCACAGAGCUGGAAUUGCCACUCACUUUGUUGAGUCCAAGAAGAUACUGGACCUGGAGAAGGAACUGGUGGACUUGAGUUCUCCCUCUGCAGAGAAUAUCUCCAGUGUGUUAGACUCCUUCCAGAACGAGAGCAGCCUCGAUUGUGACAAGCCUUUUGUCCUGGAGAAGCAUAUGUCUGAUAUUGACAGGCUGUUCACCUCAAAUAGUAUGGAAGGUAUCAUACAGAACCUGCAGGCAGACGGAUCACAUUUUGCUAAGAAACAAGUGGAGACAUUGUCCAAGAUGUCUCCCACGUCCUUGAAACUAACCUACAAACAGCUGCAGCUCGGCGCCACUCUCAACCUGCAGGACGUGUUGGUGAUGGAGUAUCGCUUGAGUCAGGCCUGUAUGCGGGGCCAUGACUUCUACGAGGGCGUAAGAGCUGUUCUGGUUGACAAGGACCAGAGUCCCAAAUGGAAGCCGUCCACCCUGGAGGAGGUUACCGAUCCGAGUGUCGAUCAGUGCUUCUCCUCGCUUGGAGACCUGGAUCUGUCUUUGUGAUGUCAGCCGACAAUUUCAAAUAUGCACCAUAGUGAGCAAUGAACCUUUGUAUCGGGUAAUCAAGAACUGACUCCUGUGAACCAUGUUGAUAAGACAACAAAACUAUGACAAACUGACUUUUUGUUUUUAUACAAUGGUCUUUGGCGUGCCAGCCCACCCAUCGAGUGUGAAAUUAAACAAGCAAGCUCA